UUCUAGAGUGGAGAUAACUUCAAACACUUACAGCCCGUCCAAAGAUACAGAAAGACUCAGGCUGGAGAAAGAGAUGGGUCUGCUAACUGUGAUCCUGUGCCUUGCUGCACUGCACCAAGCUGUUGGACAGAAGCCAGCUCCGGGAUUUCCUUCUUUGUUUCGUCUCAAUGUGGAUAACCAAAAGGUGAUUGUCAACAAGCAUAAUGAACUUCGGCGUGCGGUGAAUCCCACUGCCAGAAACAUGCUGAAGAUGAAAUGGAAUCCUGAAGCUGCGAGCAAUGCUCAGAGAUGGGCAGAUCAGUGUAAAAUGUCCAUCAGUCCUAGAAAUGAGAAAGUCGCUAAUGGUGUCUUCUGUGGUGAAAAUGUUUUACAGGCAACUUAUCCCAAGUCUUGGUCUGAUGCAAUCCAAAGCUGGUAUAAUCAAGUGGCUAAUUUCAAAUAUGGUACUGGAGCAAUCAAAGACAAUGCCCCUAUUGGUAGCUACACUCAGGUGGUUUGGUAUCAUUCUUACGAGAUUGGAUGUGCGGUUGCCUACUGUCCUCGGAAUAAGUGGCAGUACUUUUAUGUUUGCCACUAUUGUCCCGCAGGAAAUAAUGCAGCGGACUUAUCUAAGCCGUACAAACGGGGCCCAACGUGUGGCGAUUGCCCCAAUGCCUGUGACCAAGGACUCUGCACCAACCCUUGCAAAUAUACGGAUAAAUACACAAACUGUGCCACCUUAAAAGACCUCUUUGGCUGUACUCAUUCUCUGGUGAAGGAACAAUGUCCAGCUUCCUGCAAAUGCACCGAUGAAAUAAAAUAAUAUCCUGCUAUCCAUCACUUUCUCUUCCUUGAGAUUGUUUGUUUUAUUUGAUAGAAAAAAGAACCCAGGAUAAAACAAAAACAAAAAACAUUCCCAAUAUUUUCAUAACCGCUUGAAUUCUGGAUAAAACAAUGAUUAAUUUGUGCUCUGCAUUAUUUGUUAGAUAUCCUGAAUAUUAUUCAGUAGUUGAAACUAUUUCCAUAAUUACUUUAGAUUAUUCAAAAAUCUUAUUUUAGCUAUUAAUGGGCAUAGGUCUAUUCCAGGAGUGGGUGGGUGAGGUUUUGUGGCCUGCAAUGUGCAUGAUGGGUCCCUUCUGGUCUUAAAGUCUAUAUG